UUUCCACACACAGCGGCCAGCAUGGUUCAGGAGAUGCUGAGGAAUGCCGACCUGCCCCAGGACUUCCUGACUCCAUAUGACCCCCGUAUCAGGGCUGGCACCAUCCUGAUCGAUCGCUGUAAGAUCAUGGCCUCCAAGAAGAAGCCGCUGUGGCUGGAGUUCUCCUGCGAGAGCCCUGAUGGGUCUCCGUGCCAACCCAUUGGCAUCAUCUUCAAACAUGGUGAUGAUCUUCGGCAGGACAUGCUCAUUAUUCAGACUCUGGUGAUCAUGGAUUCUAUUUGGCAAAAAAACGCACUCGAUCUGAACCUGAUGCCAUAUGGAUGCAUCGCCACUGGAUAUAACAUAGGGAUGAUUGAGAUCGUUAGGGAUGCAGUGACAAUAGCAACUGUGCAGAGAAGCAAGGGCGGCAACACAGGAGCAUUUAAAAACGACGCACUAUAUGAUUGGUUGAAAUGCAGACUGCAGGUCGAGGAAUCGUAUUACCAAGCGAUGGAGACAUUUGUGACAUCUUGUGCUGGAUACUGUGUCGCUACCUACGUCCUGGGAAUUGGAGACCGACACAAUGACAACAUCAUGAUAACAGAACAAGGUAAUUUCUUCCAUAUUGACUUUGGUCACAUCCUGGGCAACACGAAGAGGAUUCUGGGAGUGAACCGGGAAAGAGUUCCCUUUGUCCUGACCCCGGACUUCCUGUAUGUGAUGGGCCGUGUGAACAGACGAUCCAGUCUCUACUUCCAGAGGUUCAAGGAUAUCUGCAUUCAGGCCUACAUGAGCCUACGCCUCCACUCCAAUCUACUGGUGACUCUCUUCUCCCUGAUGAUGUUGACGGGAAUCCCGGAGCUGAGCUGUGUAAAGGAUAUCCAGUACCUGAGGGAGGCUCUGGCUGUUGGGAAAGAUGAGAAGACAGCUAGUGAGCACUUCCUGAGCCAGAUCAACACCUGUGAGAAUCUGGGCUGGACUGUCCAAGCUAAUUGGUGGAUCCAUAUGUUCAUGGGGAUUAAGCAGACCUGAGCCCACAACGUUUUGGCUCCGUGCUCCCGCUCUCUGGAACGAUCCAGCUGGCCCCAUUUCCCCCAAUCUCUCCUCCCAUAACCUCUGCCACUUCGUUCCACUCAUUUGUAACUUUUGAAAUUAUUCAAUGCCUCAGCUUCUGUCCCUCGUAGGCAGAGAAUUUCCACUCAAUGCCUCUCGUUAUGGCAACACGUUCUUCCCCAACACCAACUUCCAGCCUCAUCCCAGGCCCAUCUCUGUUACCGCCCCAUCCCCACCUCUGUGAACACCGCCCCCCCACCCAAUCCCUAAACCACCAGCCGAUUGGAGCGUAUUUUCCUCAGCUAUGUCACUUCGAGGCUAUUAUCGGCUUCUUCCUUUAAUAUCUGACAGUUUCACAGACUCGUGCCACAUAAAAAGAGCCCAUUUGGCCCAUUGUGCCUAUUCUGUCUCUCCAGUUAGCCACACUCCCCUGCUCUUUCCCCACGGCCCUCUGAAUUCAUCUCUUUGGUCCAAUUGCCUGUUAGGAGUUCCUGCUGAUCUGCUUACACUGGUCUGAUUGACAGGCUGUGCCCCAUCGCUGUAACCCACUGUGCUUAAAACGUACAUGUUCUCCUCACAUCUGGCUGUUUUCACCAUCGAUCUUUAUUGUCCUGAGUUAAUGACCCUCCUUCCAUUGAAAACAGUGCCUCCUUAUUUCCUCUAAUCCUUCUGGGAUUUGAACACCUUGAUCAGCCUUGAUGGGCUCAGUGGCCUACUGCCCUAGCUGGCUGGAUUUUGUAUUCCAGUCCUCUAUCUCUAAGGCAAUCUAUUAAAGUUCAGCAGAGUUUGGCAUAAUCUCUUUGUUUUUGUACUUGAUGUUGCUUCGUUUACUUUU